GUUAUAAGUUGUGCUUGGUUUCUUUGCAAUCGGUAGAAUUCCAGCGGUGAAUUUCAAGUCACAUACACACCAUAUCUACAGAGUAUAAAACUCCAAAAUGCCCUUUAAUACAGCCUUAACCCGGAAGCUGGGCAUCACGGUCCCCGUUGUUCAGGGAGGAAUGCAAUGGGUUGGAUACGCAGAACUCGCAUGCGCCGUCAGCAACGCUGGUGGACUCGGAAUUCUUACAGCCCUCACCCAACCAACCCCGGAGGAUCUUCGAAAGGAAAUCCGCAAAUGCCGUACCAUGACCAAUAAACCCUUCGGGGUAAACCUGACCAUUCUCCCUGCCCUCGUUCCUCCAGACUACGCCGCCUACGCGCGAGUUAUCAUAGAGGAAGGCAUAAAAAUCGUCGAGACGGCGGGAAAUAACCCGGCGCCCAUCAUCACACAGCUGAAGAAGGCCAAUGUGACCAUCCUGCACAAGUGCACGACUAUCCGACACGCCAAAUCCGCAGCAAAACUAGGCGUGGACUUCUUAUCUAUCGACGGGUUCGAAUGCGCAGGCCAUGUCGGAGAAACUGAUAUUACAAAUUUCAUCCUCUUAAGUCGCGCCAGACAGGAGCUGAAAAUACCCUUUAUUGCAUCUGGUGGGUUCGCAGAUGGGUACGGCCUGGCAGCCGCGUUGGCCCUGGGCGCGGAGGGUAUCAACAUGGGGACUCGGUUCAUGUGUACCGUUGAAGCACCCGUUCAUCAGAAAGUGAAGCAGACGAUCGUCGAUUCUCAGGAGACUGAUACCGCGCUGGUUCUCAGGAGAUGGAAGAAUACCACCCGACUCUACAAGAACAAGGCGGCUACGGAUGCCCUGAAAGUGGAAAAGGAGUCCACAAGCGGCGAGUUCAAAGAAAUAGCGCCCUUUGUCAGCGGCCAAAGGGGUAGGCAGGUGUUUUUAAAUGGCGAUAUUAACUUUGGGGUCUGGACAGCGGGACAGGUCAUCGGAUUGAUCCAUGAUAUUCCGACUUGCGCAGAUUUGCUUCACCGGAUAGAAAAGGAGGCUCUGGAGACGAUGAACAGGACUAAAUCUUUGUAUACAGAGGAUGCGGUGCAAAGCAAGCUGUAAUGAGUUAGGCAUAGACUGUUUCCUUGUCUGUAUGAGUUAAUUUUGCUUAGUUAUAGUUAGUUAACUAGUUACCAUUUCCAUUUCGAGUUAGUCAACUCCUAGCUAGAACAAUCAACUCAGUGGGCUCAACCUGCAUUCGCGCGUCC